AUGGCUGAAGAUUCGGGAGAACAACCGGCCUGCUUCAGUUGUACAUUGCAGCUAUCAGAGACUAUUCAUGUGAAGUGCUCUGAAUGUUCCGUAGUAGUUUGUAUGCUUGUGAGUCACGUUCGCCGGUUUUCCGUCAAAAACGUGUAUUUCAGUGCUUCCAAUGUGGCGCCGAGUCCCCUCCACAUCGACGUGGACACAAUUACGAGUUGAUCAAACCGUCGGAAGAGCGCGGUUCGAUGAGCUGGACGCACGAAGACGAGUUCGAACUUUUGAAAGCAGCACACAAAUUCAAAAUGGGAAAUUGGGGAGAAAUCGCCGAGAGCAUGGGAAAAGGCCGUCGUGAAGGGCACAAUUGCAAGGAUUACUUCGAGAAGCACUUCGUCCGUGGAUGGAUCGGACAGUUCUCCAUAAAAAGCGCCAAUUGGGACCGCAUAAAGUACGGAAUGUAUAUAAAUCAAACACUGGACAGUGUCCUUCAAAAGAACUGUCUCGAGUCAUCCGAAAGAAUGCUGCUCAUAAGAGACGCGAUUCGUCAUUUUGGAGAGAACUUUGAUGAGAAUGACCCGAGGCUGGCAGCCAACGUCCAACAGCUUUUAGAGCAAUACAUUCAGAAGUAAGUCAUCAAUUUUGAAAAAUGUUGCAAAAGAAGUUUUAUUUGCAGGUGCAUCGAUGGUGAAAUUGAGAUCAAGUACGAGCGUCCCAAAGUUCUCAAUAAUCAGUACGGAACGGAACUAAGUGCUGAUGAGUGCGACCCGGAUGAAGAGGUCGAUACGAAAUCAAAAAUUAAAGUGAAAAUAGAAGUGCCAAGUGAAGAGAGCGACAUGGAUGAGUCCACAGGACCGUCGUGCAGUUACCGGAGUCGGAAUAGGCCGCCAAGCCCGAAAAAACGUAGAACAACUCGUGUGAUGAGGGAAUCGAGCAGCGAAUCAGACGGCGAGAAGGGAGGGCUGUCGGACAACGACGGCACGAUGAACGGAAUCGAAAGGGAAACAGAGGACGAGGAUCCGAAUGAAAGCGCAUUCGAAACGGCUCAUGAAUAUGAAUCCGAAGACGAGGAGAAGCCGAGAAGAGGUGCGCCUUCUUCUUCUGCUUCUGUUUCGACGAAGAGAAAGAAGAGGAAGAGGACGUGGAUGUCGAAGAAAGAGCGAAGACUCCACGCGUUCCGUACAAAGAUGAACAGAGAGCAGAAGAAAGGAGAGAAGGUAAUUCAAUUACAUUCUUCUGCCAUUUAAAAACUCUUAUUUCAGAAACUCGCUGGACUCAGCGGAAUCUGUUCCCUUGAAGAAGUCAAAGAGCUUCGUAGCUCUUAUCCUCGUCUAUUUCUAGAGGAAGGAGUGAAGCCUACUGUAAGGUAUUCGGAUGAUUUUGUCAUGCUCGGUUACAACGCCGACCGCGAAGAGUUUGAAACCGAAUGGUUCAACGACGCCGAACAGCUCAUCAGCAGACUCACCAUUUCCGCAGCUCCGGCUCAAAAAGAUGAGAAGCUGGACAUUGAGAAUGAUAUCAAGUUUGCCCGUCUAAGGCAGUAUAUCCGCAUUUUGGGCAUAAGAAAAGCGAAAAGAAACACUGUUUUGGAGCACGAUAAAAUCAACGAAUUCUUCAAAUUCUACAAAGAAAUGAUGGCGCUAAACGCGCAUACAUUUACGACGUCAGCAACAGAACAAGUUGAAAAUCGGCCGGAGAAGGAGAAGCUGUUGGCGAUGACGCAGCAAUUUUUGACGAAGGACGAAUACUCGGCUCUGCUCAAGUGCAUUGAUCGCAUCGACACCUUGGUUGAUCGGAUUGAAAUACUUCAGGAUCUUCAGAAAAAUGGUUUGUUUUGAGGAUCUCCAUUAUUUCAUUAAUUUUCCGUCUUUUUUCAGGAGAAACUACUCUUAAAAACGCUCCUCCAGCUCAAGAGCGAAAAAAGAGAAAGUUGAGAAAAGUGGACUGUGAGCAGAGGAAAAAGAUUGCCACGGAAUGGACCAAGUACAAGAAAUGGCACAACUCCGGAUGGGAAUAA